AUGAAAAAAUUCGAUGAACCGAACAACCGCUUAAAAGAAGAUCCCACACUAGCUGCUUAUGGCCUACGGCGGCUACACAUCCGGCAGAUGCCUACUUCAUCCGGUACCAGCAGCGCUCGAACCUACCAAAACAGUGAUGUUUCAGCAGCUGCAAGAAGCAGACGACAGAAUGGCAAAAUUUUGGAUUCAUGGUGUAGUGCGGCAGACAAUGCCGGCGCGACGUACUUCUGGAACCCGGAUGAUGCGGCGGCACUGAGGGCAAAAAAUGACAUUAAUUCACCAAGAAAUCUGAGUAGCAGCGGUGGAUUUGGUACCACAGGUGGUGUUGGUGGUGGUGGUGGUGGUGGCGGCAGUAACUUAACCUCGGGGCAUCUGCCUUACAAUCAUCAUCCAGCUGUCGCCACACAGCAGCGAGUCCAGAAAAUCGUUCCCAGUGGUUAUGCACCAAAUCGUUUUCCUGUUUCGGUCUCCUAUACCGCUCGUCCAUGUUGGCCAAAAACGUAUACUUUUGCGACACCACCGACAAGUCCCAGCUAUUCCAGUAGCACUCUGCCAGCAGCAAACAGGGUUACAAAUGGUGCAGGUGGUCCACUUGUGGUACCAUCGACUUCUACUUUCAAUAAUCCAUCAUCGAGCAAUGGCCAUGCGGCCGAACGUAUCAUUUAUCCAAAAUCCUCCUGCCCAUCAGCAACCACCAGUAACUCAGGUUCGGCAUCAAGCCCUUUACCACGUCGUUUUGAAAAUGACAAUGUUGCUCAUACUCAAGCUUUACCAUCAGCAUCGUUACGGAACGAGAAAUCUCAUCGAAUUGGCCGCUUAGGGCAUGGAUUUUUUCGCCGGAAAUUGCCUAUUACAAAAUGUAACGGUAUCAAAGAGGGAAGAGGAGGAGGAGAAGGAAGGAGGUCUGGUAAUAACGGUGGUGAUAGCAGCACAUUUCCGAUGCCUCAGUCCAAGAGCGCAACAACUGAUACUAGGAGUAACAGUGAUUUCGAUGAUUCCAGGAAACAACCUGUAUUCUGGUCAGCAUCUAAGAAUAAAAAUGGUUGGUCUUUUCUUUUUUCUUUUGUAAGCUAG